GCGUCCCUCAUAUGCAUGGUUUCUUGAUAAGGCAGCAGUACUGUAUUUUUGCUCUCUUAUCUUCAAAAGCAAAAGUACAUUUUUCCUUCCAAUAGAAAAAAAGCACAAUUUCAUUGGUAAAAAAAAGAAAGAAAAGAAACCAAGAGCAGAGAAAAUGAGACCGCAGAUCAUAUUAUUCGGAGAUUCAAUCACCGAGCAAUCUUUCAGGCCGGGUGGAUGGGGGCUGCUCUUGUUGACACCUACUCUCGAAAGGCUGAUGUAAUGGUUCGUGGGUAUGAUGGAUACAACACCAGAUGGGCUUUGUUCUUACUAAAUCAGCUUUUUCCUUUGAGCUGCACAAAACCGCCUGUUGCUGUAACAAUUUUCUUCGGUGCUAAUGAUGCAGCCCUUUUGGGGAGGACCUAUGAACGACUACACGUGCCUGUUGAAGAGUACAAGGACAACCUUAGAAAAAUUGUUCGUCAGCUGAAGGAAUGCUCCCGUACCAUGUUGGUGGUGCUGAUUACUCCACCCCCAGUUGAUGAAAACGGGCGAAAGGAAUAUGCACGGUUUGACACUUUUCCCCAUUUCAAUCAUUAUGGUGAGCAAGCCGCUGAACUGCCAGAACGGACGAAUGAGAUGGCUGGUGUCUAUGCAAAGCAAUGUGUUGAGGUAGCUAAAGAACUGGUCCUUCCAUCUGUUGAUUUAUGGUCCAAGAUGCAGGAGACUGUGGGGUGGCAGAAAAAAUUCCUGAGUGAUGGCUUGCAUCUGACUGAAGAAGGCAAUGCUGUAGUCCACAGAGAAGUGGUGAGAGUAUUCAAUGAAGCUUGCCUCUGUGGGCCAGAGAUGCCAUAUGACUUCCCCCACCAUUUUGAAAUAGAUGCAGAGAAUCCAGCCAAGGCGUUCCAACGGCUGCUGAGAUCGGAAUGUAAAAUCUUGAAUGAGGUUCUCCUCCGUUUUCAUUGCUUUGUUUCUUUCUUUCCAUUCUUUCGAGUGGAAGCUUGCCUUGAAGACAAUGGCCAAUGGCCUUCUUUUGAUGACCUUCAACUUGCAUAAAUAGAACAACGGCCU